UCUGCUGACUGGUCACUCUGAACACAUUUACAUUAGUUUUUUGUUUAUGUUGGGAAGUCGUCGGAAAAUUCGGCUGUUUUCUGUGUGCCGCAAUGAAAAGCUGCUAAAAAGCUAAAUAUAAAAAUCAGCGCAGUGCGCGGCCGUCUAUCGGUGCAUUGUUUUGUAAGUGCAGUCAGUAGGCAGCAGCAGCAGCAGCAGUCGUUGAGAAAAAAUUAUGUGAAGCAGAAACGCAGUUUUUGUUUGUGUAUGUGUAUGUACAUUGUGUUUUGUAUGUGUAUUGUGCAAUGAAACUGGAAAACCAUUAUUAUAAAUGAAAACGCGUGAAAUGUACAACGACCAACUCCUCCCACUUGUACGUGUGCUAGUGCGGGGUGCGCACUGAAGGGUGUUUGAGUGUCUGUGCCUGUGCCUGUGCCUGUCGUGUGUGUGUGUUAGUGCGUGCACGAUAAGACUUGUAUUUGUAGACAAUAUAUAAAUGUAUAUUUAUAUAUAUGCAUGUUAAAUGUCAAAGAAGGCGACGCGUAAUAUGCACACACAUUAAUAACGGCAAAAGGUCAAAAGUUAAGCUCUAAACAGGACUCCAGGCAUCGUAGUGCUUUAAGACAGCGGCAGAGAGCAAGAAUGGGCGAAUGUUAGUGUGAGUGCACACAAAAUAGGAACAAAGAGAAGAGCAAGAAAAACGUCACAGAAGCGGGGCAAUAGACGAACGCAGCGGACAGCAGCAAGGGGAGGGCGAAACAAAAGACUGCUAAAAGCUAACAAACAGCAAAUAACGACAACAAUAAAUAACAACAACACCAAUAACAAACAAAAAUGUCGGCAGCGGAGCUGGAGGCUGAAAGCUCCGAACAGGAGCAGCACCCGCAACAACAACAACAAACCCAACAACAACAGCAAAACGAACACACAAGCAACAACAUCAGCACUGCCAAUGAUGCUGAAGCCAAUCCGUAUAGCGCGGAGCUAGACGAAACCAUUGAGACUAUGACAUCAAGCAACAGCUACAACAUUAAUGUGGAGCAACAUCUGCAGCUUAAUAAUAUCCAGCAGCAUGCACAAAUGCACCAACAACAACAUCAGCAACAGCAUCAGCAACAUCAACAACAACAGCAGCAGCAACAACAACAACAACUAGAUCAACAGGGCGACUUGGGCCUUGGACUGACCAUGAUGCAAUCCUCUCCACCACCGCACAGCUAUCGACACUCGCGCGCCUACCGGCACUUUAAGAACCCGCCACAGCCACACAUGUGCAUACGCACUACUACAGAAACCGGCGAGGAGUUAUUCAUAAAUGUGCUCAGCUGGACACGUAUUGUAAUACCACAAGAGCCCAGUGAUCCCAUACCUUUGUAUGGAGGCAUGCGCGUGCCGCCUGGCAGUCCGCGCAGUCCACCCAUUGUCUUCGCUGUUAUGGCCAAUCCAGAGGUGCUCAAAGAUUCUGGUCGCCAUAGCAAGGAUCCGGAAGAACGGCGCGCUAUGGUGGAGCUAAUGUGCGACUUUGUGGAGGCUAUGAAUCCCGGCGUGAAACUAGUCAGAAACGCCGUCAUACUCAAGGAUCGUGACAUUUCGGGCGAGCUUAAAGACGUCUGGAAUGCUGUGCAGGCGCAGCGAGAUCGUGAGCGCGAGGAGCAAAUGAUGCAGCAACGCCAACAGCAGCACUACCAGAACAUCACUACACAACAAAUGUUUCCCAAGUCGCCGGAUGCGGCGCGUGCCGGCAGCUCAGCACAGUCAAAUGCUGCCGAGAUUGGCUUGCCGCCAGCAUACAAUGCCGAUCUUAUGGCGGCGGAUCAUGGCAAUGGCAUAACAUUAGCCGUAUUUGCUCAGCAGCUGGAUAACAAGGUGGCCAGCGAGCAGCUGGAGGAGCAGCAUCAGCCAGAACAACUGAGUGGCAUUGAUGCAGCGCCCGGCGAAGCCUGCACCGAUCAAACGGAUGCGGGUGGCGUUAUUAAUGGCAUCAGCGGCUCGCCGCCUGCUGUGGAGAAUCUGUCAACGCCAGAGCAGCCCACACAAGAGCCAGAGAGCAAAUCAGCUGCUUCCACUGCCAGCAACGGCACAAGUACGCCCACAAAUACAGCAGCAGCGCCCACGCCAGUCGCUUCUGCCCAGCCCACACCCACACCUCCUGCAGCUGCAGCAACGCCCGCACCAGCAGCGCCGGUCAAGAAGGAGAAGCUAGGCGGCUUCUUGCCGAACGGUUGCAUUUUCCCGCGUUUCAAAAACAACAAACACAAGGACAAGGACGGCAAUCACAAGGAGAGCAAGAGCAAAGAGAAAACGCUGCUCAAUGCGCUCAAGAAGAGCAAGGAAAAGAAAGUGGCGCCCAGCGAGCAAACGCCCAGUGACAAAACGGCCAUCAGCGCUGAUAAUGGCACCUCACAGUAUGAAAAGAACUGCAUCAAUAAUCUUGAGUGCGAAGUGCAAAAGCUCGAUCUGAAUAGCAGCAACAACGACAACAACAUGUUCAUUAAGCUGAAAGUGGCGCCCAGUGCAACGUCGGCAGCGGCUGCCGUCGCCAAGUAGUUGAGUAUAAAUGAUAACAAUGAUAACAACAACAACAACAACAACAACAACUUUGGUAAGUAGGGAGAGUAGAGAAUAACGGAAGAGUUAAGUAUAACAAGCAAGAAUGUAAGAGAGUAACGAGUAGACAGAGAAAACUACCCAAAACUAGCACUUCACUAGCACCUAGGCAUAUACAUAGAGUCGUGGACGUUUAGCAUAUACAAGAUUUCCACACAUAUAUAUAUCUAUAUAUAUAUAUAUGUAUACAAAUCUAAUAUAUAUACAAGUACAUAUAUAUACAAUAUAUACAGUUGUAUCAGUCAAUUUUUGAACGCAAAUCGACAGACUCUCGAAAGUAAUAAUAUCAGAAAGGACAAAAGAAAAAACCCUGUGCCAUGUUCCCAUUCAUACUUACAUACAUACAUGCAUACAUAUACAAGUACAUAUACAUAUACAAUACAGUGUAUACUGCGUAUAAUGCCCAAUUGUCUGGGCAUUGUCGUCAAUAGUCUUUCCAGAAUUCUUCCCCGGCAUACGUAAAUUUAAAACAAAAAAUUAAAAAUACAAAAAAAUCAAGUAUUUAUAUAGUUCAAUAUUUGUAUGUUUCGCAUACAGUGUUUGCCUUAUAUACAAAUCCAAAAAGAAAAAAGAGAGAGACAAAAAAAAAAAUGAGAGAAAGUUGAAAACAAAAACAAAUCUUAAAAUAGGUCAAUCGUCAAGAAACUCAUGCGCCAAAUUGUCAUCAGACCACAUUGAACUCUGCACUGGACACUGCACACUAACCUCCCCUGCCCCAUCUGGUAACUAGACUAGCUCGCACACACUACAAUUAGUCACAUCAGCUAAUGUAUUGAAUGUCAGAGAUAUAACCCGCAUCGCUAAAGCAAAAAAAAAAAAAAAAGUAUUACGAAUUUUUCCUGUAACACGCUCAAAAUGAUCUCCACGUUUUUGAAGUUGAACUCGAGAGUGGACGACGCAGGCUCUAUCAAGUACCUUCUGUGCCAAUGCCAAUUGGCAUAACUAUGAGACGCUAUUUUUUUGUUUGUUUAUUUUUAUUUUUAUGCUCUAUCUAUAUUUGAUGUUUUCGUUUCCCAAUAACAAUAACUUUAGUUAUUAAUAAACAGUUCCAAAUUACUUGAGUAAUGCAAAAACAAUGACCUGAACAUGUACUUAGCUUAUCAUAAUAAUUAUAUGAUAAAAGAGCUCCUAUGAUAUGCACUCGAAUCGUAUACGUGCUAACUGGCUAUAUUCUCGAAAAGCAUAAAUAUUCUAUUAGUUAGUUAUUGUAUUGUUUAUCUACUUUUAUUUUGUUUUGUUUUAUAACUUAGUCACACGUCGUUCCCAGUAAACGAGUCAAAGAUCAACUUCAAAACGCAACCAUUUACGAAUAUGCCGACAAAUUCGAUAGAAUCAUUCACAUUAACUGAUUAGAAAGAACUUAACA